UGACAUGUGAACACACAUGAUGGUGGCUUAGUGCAGUGAACAUGUGCGUGCGACCGCCCGGCGCUGUCCACACCACGGUAGGACAAGCUGCGCGCGGCGGUGGGUGGAGCGAUGAGGCUGGGCCUCGUGUUCUGCAUCGUCGUCAUGUUGGCCAGUCACUCAGAAGGAGAGAGGCCACGCUUCAUGCUUGCAUCAUUGUUAGGAUACCCGUCUACAUGUGUGUACAACAAUGUGUUACACAGCUGCACUUACACCUUCACAUGCUGGAUUGUUGGAGGGCAACUCACCAAGGGCUGCAGCGAGGGGGGUGUAGGAGGACUGGACCUAAUGGCCGACCUGCUGUUCACAUGCUGUGUGCCCCUGAAAUCGCCUGCCCCUACAGUCAGUCAGGUGUUGCCAGUCCGCAGAGAAGAUAUCGACCACAGAAACAACGAGAUUCUUGGUGCCUCCAGGACAGAGUGUGGAGUGCCAAGGAUUACGCUACAGAAACGGAUUAUUGGUGGCAACGAAGCCUACUUUGGGGAGUUUCCAUGGCAGGCGCACAUCCGCAUUGCAGGGUACCAGUGUGGGGGUGUGCUGGUCAGCAGGUGGUAUGUGGCUACUGCAGCACACUGCAUUCACAGGGCACGUCUAAAGGAUAUCACAGUGUACCUGGGGGAGUAUGACACACAGAACACAGGCCACUACAUUGAGCCACUUCCAGAGGAGAUCCUGAGGGUUGUGCACAAGAUAAUCCACCCAAACUUUCAAUACAGGAUCACGCAACCUGACAGAUUUGACUUGGCACUACUCAGAUUAUCAAGACCAGUCAGUUAUCGUGAGAACAUCCUUCCCAUCUGCCUACCACGACAUGAUGCAUCAUUCUGGGGUCAGAUGGGUGUUGUGGCAGGCUGGGGCAAAACGGACACCACUUAUGGUAAGACAGGGACCAACAUACUACAAAAGGCAACAGUGCCUAUUCUGAGUGAUGCAGAGUGUCUGCAGUGGCAUGAGCACAAGAACAUUAACUUGGAGCUGCAUUCUGAGAUGUUCUGUGCCGGUCACAGUGAUGGCCAUAUGGAUGCUUGUCUGGGGGAUUCUGGUGGACCAUUGAUUGUGCAGCAAGAUGGUAGGUGGAUGCUGGCUGGUAUCACAAGUGCUGGGUUUGGCUGUGCAGUGGACCAUCAGCCAGGAAUAUACCAUAAGGUAGCAGACACAGCUGGCUGGAUUGCAGCACAUAUAAACUCAUGACUACCUCAAGCACUGCAAUGAUGACACUCAGAGCAUCUUCUCUAAAUGUUCCCAAAGAUCUGGAAAUUUUUAACAGAUUUAACUUUGAUUAAUUUGCUUAAGUGAAAUGAUCUUUCAGGCAGGUUUCCUACAUAUAGUAAAACGAACUUAGAUACUUGUACAGUGAAAGUGCUUAUGGACACUAUUUCUGAAUACUAUUGAUGAACAUAACUUAGCAAUGUUUUUCAUGAUCGUUAUCUUUCAGUUUUCACUAAUAGAACUGAAAUCUAGGACAUUAAAAUGGCCUGGGCAUGUAGCUAGGGUGACAGAACAUGGAAUACAUACAAUAAUGAAUUUUAUCAGGAAAACCUCUUGAAGAGAAGAUAACAUUAAGUGGAAUGUUAGGGAAAUACAUUGUAAUAUUGGAAGGUAAAUGGACCUGGUUCAGGACUGUGUCCGGUGUCAAGUUUUGGGAUAAUGAUAUUAACUUUUCUGUCAUAAUUAUUAUUUCAGCACAGUUCCAACAAUAAUAAAUGCUCCAAUUGUAAGUUUAAUGUCUUGUUGAUUGUGAUAUUAUGUUUUGUUAGUUAUGAUGUUGAAUCUGGGCAUACAGGCAUUCCCCAGUGUGCACGCAGGUAACAUAUAAUGUUACAUUCACAGAAGUUUUUUUUUUGUGAUAAAAAAAUGUUAUAAAGAAAUUAUAUUUACAUCAUUAAGGUAAAGUGUUUAUCAGAUAUGUUCAGUAAAGUUGGAGCGGCCAUAGUUUUACAGAUACCUGUCACAUGUGUUUCUUACUUCCAACAGUCUGGACUCCAGUAAAUCCAGCUACAAUUUUAUCUGAACCAUUUGUAUAUCUGUAUUAAUUACAAGGAGAGAUUCAUUCACAAAAUAUUUAAGGAGGUAGGCCAAAGAAUAUUCAUCUUCUGAUUCAGACUGAUGCCUUCAUGACUCUAAUUGAGAUUAGGGGGAUGUUCUAUUGACAUCACAUAAAAUUAAAACUGAAUGAAAAGCAAACAAACUUGUCUUUGAAUUACAGUUGAUUUUUCAUCAUUCAUGUAUUCUCAAAAAUAUUAGUGCGAAGAUUCUCUCUUAUCUGAUGGCUGUGGUUACCAAACCAACUUCAAAUCAGAGUGCUAGAACUAUCUUUAUUUACAGAAAUACAAAGCAUCAAAUCUAACAAAGCAAUGCAAUCCAUUACUCUGAUAAGAACACCUUCAAUUUGAUUACAUUGCUAUUCAAUUAAUGAACUCUUCUGUGUAAUUAGAAAACAAUAUCUAGACCGGUGUUUCAGAAAAGGUAGUCCAAGGCAGUCCAUCAGAUGGUCCAUAGUAUUAUAGAGCCCGUAUAAUAAUCUGACGUAUAAUAAAUAAAAUAAUUUAAAUUUAAAAAAUUGUGAUAAAUCAUUGUUUACAAAUGUUUGUUUUAUACAUAUGGAUAGAAAAUGGUAGUUUAUGGCAAUAUUAACUAUAAGAUUUGCCUGUUCACAUAAAAAAAUUGUAAUUGUGUGCUCUUUAUAUCUAAGAGAAAUAAUAUUACAGCUG